AUGUCGUCAACUCUCCUCUCAACAACAUCCGCCUUCGAUAGGACCUUGCCUCUAAGCUAUCAGCCCUUCAAGGAGAAAUACAAUCUGGAAAGCCUGAUACAAGAUAUCAAACAGCAUCUAGGAGAAUCAGGUGGUAUAUCUUCCGAAGAAGUCGACGAAGAAUACCUUAUUUCAUUGGCGAGAAAAUACAUAUCCGACCCGAGUGAUUGGAUUGAGUUUUUCUAUAAUGAUACCAGCAAGAACUAUACCCGGAAUGCCAUCGAGAAUAUAAACCACAAGGCGAAUAUUCUUCUUCUCGUCUGGAAUCCUGGAAAGGGCUCACCUAUUCACGACCACGCCAACGCGCAUUGCAUCAUGAAGGUCCUCGCAGGACAAUUACAUGAGACGGUUUAUCAUGCUCCCGAGGCUGGUUCGAAGGAGGCUAAACCUUUGACUGUUAAGUCUGCAAAUACCUUCGGGAUGAAUGAGGUUACAUAUAUCUCUGAUGACAUUGGUCUUCACCGGGUUCAUAAUCCUCAUCCUAGUCAGAUUGCUGUCUCGUUGCAUCUUUACACACCUCCAAAUGCAGCUGAUUAUGGGUACAAUAUCUUCAAUGAGGCUACUGGCUCGGCGAGUUAUGUUUCGCAGGCUCAUUCAGUUUCGAAGUAG